AUGGGGAAGGCUGUGGUCACGGCAUUGAGGUCGGUCGAAGCUUCGGGAUUUGCCGCUUUGGUGAUCUCUCAACAGCGACCUCAAGUCUUGCAUCGACAGCGACAUCACACCACAACCGCAGCUAUGGUCUCCUCAAUAAUUCCCCCAAAGAUUGCCUCGCCCAACGUACGUUCGACCAUCCUAACGUUCUCCUCCGCCAUCACUCCCGGCCAGCCAUGCGCACAUACGGACACCCUGACGAGCUCGAGGGCGCCGGAAGCGAGAUCAAUGGAGGCUAUACGAAUAUACAGGAGGCUGACGUGAAUUGGAACAGGCCAUCGGCAGCGCUGGCGAUGCCGCGCGCAUGACGAACGUUGUGGGAUUCUACGAGAAGCUUCCCAGAGGCAGCGCACCACAGGCCAAGCCAAGCGGCCUCCUCCAGAGAUACCAGCACAGAUACAUGGGCAACAAGGCAUCUCCAUGGCCACUCGUCCACGUUAUCGGCUCUCUCAUCAUCGUCGGAUAUGCACAAAACUAUUACUUCCAUCUUCGUCACCACAAGAACAACGCCCACUAAGUGUGACUUGGUCGAGUCCAAGUAGAGAGUCUGCAGAACUACUAGGUAUAGCAGAUACUCCGUGUAAAUAAGAUACCGACAAUGCUUUGAGGUCGCCAGUGCUGGACCGCUCCUUUGUGCCUAGCUUGCACAUGACCGUCACGUGCUUCUCGAUGAAAUCGUAGUUGAACAACAGUCCUACUCUGCCAGAGUUUGUACGGAGUCUCGUGUACGUUGUAUGGUAUCAAUAUU